GAUACUUGAUUAACAAGGGAGUGAAGGGUUACAGUGGUAGACUGUGGCAUUGAGGUUACAAUCGGAUUGGCUGAGAUCUUCUAAAAUGGUGGAGGGGCCUACUCUGAAUUCGUACGUUGAUCUGAAUUGGCUGAGCCACUGAGCCUCCAAGGCCCUCUUGAGCAGUGACUACCAAACAUCCGUGUGAUUGAAGCUUCUUUAAUCCUGAAUAGCCGUUCAUUGGGAUGAGUCCGUGAUCUGUUUCCUGACAACUACACUGGGGAAAUCAUCGACUUCACGUGUACCCUCUCAAAACCUGUAAAACAAAACAUGAGAUUGCGUCUCAUUUCCCUACGCUCCAGUAAGAGUGUAGUAGGUGCAGUCUGCGUGUGCUCUCCAUCUCAUCGGCCAGUCUGGUAAACCCUUGCUUUCACCUGACUUUCACUAGGCUGUCUUGUUUGGGUACAGAAAUGAGCCGCAUACACUAUCCCAGAUGUCGUCCCAACAGGACUCUAUGCAAUUUGAAAGGUGCCCUUGAGCUCCAGACCAACGACAUUGAAGAUCUGGACCAUAUUAAAACCCGUUUCUCGCUGCGAAGUCUCUCGGCACCGUCAGAGGAUGAGUGUUACAUCGUCGCCGGCAACACCGAUUCUCUGGCCAAGUGCAGCUUCAACACUAGCAGCAAGACUUUCUUCAUCAUCCAUGGGUGGAGUGUGAGUGGGAUGUUUGAGACCUGGAUUGAAAAGAUGGUCGUCGCUCUGUACCGGAGUGAGCCUGACGCUAACAUCCUCGUUGUGGAUUGGCUCAAUCGCGCUCACCAGCAUUAUCCAAUCGCAGCCCAGAAUACUCGGCUGGUUGGCCAAGACAUCGCCAAGCUCAUCAACUGGUUGGAGAAACGAGAGCGAACUCCAGCUAGCAAGAUGCACCUGAUUGGAUACAGCCUGGGUGCCCACGUGGCUGGCUUUGCAGGGAGUCGUGUCACCAACAAACUCGGCAGGAUUACAGGGCUGGACCCAGCGGGGCCAGUGUUUGAGGGGCUCCAUGCUCAGGAACGGCUUUCCCCUGACGAUGCCACUUUUGUUGAUGUUCUCCACACCUUCACCCGGGAGUCUCUGGGGAUGAGCAUUGGGAUUCGGCAGCCUGUGGGCCACGUUGACAUCUACCCAAAUGGAGGCAGCUUCCAGCCGGGCUGUGACCUACAGAAGGCCGUCAACAACAUUGCCAUGUACGGCAUUUACGCGUUCUCGGAAGCUGUAAAGUGUGAGCACGAGCGAUCGAUCCACCUCUUCAUCGACUCCCUGCUGCACGAAGACCAGCCAUGCAUCGCGUUCCGCUGCGGCAGCCACCAGUCCUUCGAAAAAGGGAUGUGUCUGAAUUGCCGCAAGAAUCGGUGCAACGCCCUGGGCUACAGCGUGACUCGGGUCCACACCAGGAGGGUCAGCAGGAUGUACCUGAAGACCAGGGCGGAGAUGCCUUUCCGAGUUUAUCACUAUCAGCUGAAGAUUCACUUCUCCAGCAGGAUUACCCACUUUGACAUUGACCCCACACUAUCUGUGUCUCUUCAUGGGACGAGGAAUGAUGUUGAGAACCUUCAGAUUGAAACAGUGGAGAGGUUUUCACCAAACAAGACCUAUUCCUUCCUGGUGGUAACCGAGGUCGACAUUGGGGACCUGUUGCUCAUAAAGUUCAGGUGGGAAUCAUCCCUCACCUGGAAUUCCCUGUGGAAAAGAAUGAAGAAUUCCAUUUCCUGGUACAAGCUGCCACUCUGGAGCACCUUGAUCAGUUCCGAUUCCGACAUUCAGAUCCGCAGGAUCCGGGUGAAGUCUGGAGAAACACAGAAAAAAAUGGUCUUCUGCUUGGAGGAUUCCUCGGCCAGUAUAGCCCCCUCUCAGGAAGUCAUCUUUGUGAGCUGCCCAGCCCGUCAGGAGUCGACACCCACCACGAGUCCCCGUGGUCAGGAGCACUGAGAGACGUUGCUGUGAGGAUGGACCGGACCACUGCAGGAACCGGCAUCAGCGGCAGUGGUUGUUCACAUGAUAACUCUCCCUUCAGGGCUCACGUUUACUUUUUGGGAUGGUAUUUAUUUGUAUAUAUUGUAAAGUCACUGUAAAUACCGUGUACAGUCGCUGCAUUAACCCAAUGAA